AUGUCGUCCAGAAAGAGAAAGGCCUCAGCAGUGACGGCGGCCGAGAUUCCGGAUGAUCUCUCCACCCAAGACUUCUACAAAGCCCUGAUCGACUACUUUUCGUCGCCAAGAGACUCGACCGCGACUUUCGGCGGUUCCAUCGCCCUUAAGGAUGUCGGUCAGCUCCUAAAGGGGGGAGACCACCCUCUAAGCCAGGCCGGCGGUCCAGGUAACAAGGCUAACAAAGGGGAGAAAAAUAAGUCGACUCCAGCGCCGGCAUCGAUGGCAGGGGCAGACCCACGUCCUAUCGUGAUCCGCUGGGACCGCACCGAAGAUUCAGCGGCUAAGCUAAAGUUCCCGAUCAAGGACCACACGGAGACGUUCGAGGACCUCGUGCGCGACUAUCAGUCUGCCGCAUCUAGGUCGUAA